AUGAUCACCGCAAGAUUGCUCGAUGAAGAAACUUGGCGACGAUUCCACGAAAAGGAUACCGAGAUGAUCAUCACGAGGAAAGGAAGGUUUUUGCGCUGAAAAUCUAGAUUUCUUGAAUGAUUCCGUUUUGAGGAAUCUUUUCCCGAAGCUCGAUUACGAAGUGAGAGGCUUGGAAGAGACGGAGAACUACAUGAUGGCGUUGCAGUUACGUCGGACUGAUAAUUUCAGGUAAAUUGAUCUUUUUGCGUUUUUCGACAGGUGUGUCAAGACGAAAAACUUGAGUUUGUUCUAAAAAUAUUUUUUAGUUGUUGAAAAGUAGACAUUUUAUUUAACAAGCAAAGAAUUUUUCGCUUGCUUAGGCGAAAAUCAAAAAGAUAGAUACAAUUUUGUAAAAUAGGUUUCACAGUUUUUCAAAGUCCAUCCAAUAAAUGGAUCAUGCGACAACGAGACACCCGACUUUAAACGGUUUACGCGCAAGGUCAUGGAAAAAAAUUGGGAGGUCAAAGAUGUUUUACGCGACUGACUUCAGUUAUUCCACAUGCGAUCCUUAACUUCUUUUGCAUUUUUGACUGAAAAAAUCAUGUGAUUGGGACGCACCAGACCUUAAACGGGUUGCGCACAAGCUCAUGGGCAUUAUUAGGAUAGCCUAAAACUUUGAGAUACUUUGGAAGGGGGAGAGGGUUCCGGACCCUAUGAGAGACCCUUACGCUUCACCUAUCGGGGUCGCUAAAACUGUGUCGUAGGGGUCCCUAUAGGGGAUUCAAAAAUUUUAGGUUGCCAAAAAUCUUUCAUCCUUUGUUUAGCCUAAAAUUGUAUCACAAUUUUGCAUGUUUUUAUUGGAAAAGUUACGACGAAUGUUGUUGGCCAUCUUUGUAAACCAUACUGUCAGUAAACGCCGAUUUUGAGUCCGUUUUCCGGGACUUUCUCUGCCCCUCAAAGUCUCUCAUGUUUACGUGCUAUUUCCAUGUUUCUCUAACCUUCCCGGUGAGAGAACAGAGGGACGCAGACACUCAAAAACUUUCCAGUCGCGGCGAACGAACUAUAUCGAGUUCCAUAAUCGAAAAACCUUUGAAAAAAAGAACGAGUUCCAGGUACAAGUUCAAUAAAGGUGAAUGGUCAGUGGCUGGAAGCGGCGAGCCUCGGAAUCCCGAAAAAACGGUCUGGAACCAGGGCGGGGCCAAAACGGGCCGCGAUUGGAUGCAAACCAUCGCUUCGUUUGCCCGCAUCAAAAUUUCCAACGAAUCUACCGACACGGAGAAGGUUUGAGAAUAUUAUUUGGGGAAAGAAUAUUGUAAAAUGUUAAUUUUAACAUAGAAAAAGACUGUGUAAAGAGCGCCAAUUUCAUAGUUUCUUUUUGAAAAAAAGAAUGAUACUUUAAAAUCUUUCAUUUUUCACUUUUUUUUUGAUUUUUUGAGCCGUUUCCUUGUGUGCUAUUGGAGCGUAUGGAAAAAGUUCAAAUACUCACUACGAAUUGUUUUUAAAUUUCGUUUCGAGGCCUUCAUGAAAUUGGUCCAUGCUCCUUUAAUAACCAGAGGGAAGAUUAUGACUGUCUCAGAAUUUAUAAAUUUGUAAAUUAGGAAAGCAUCUCACAUGAAAAAAAACCAGAAAAUGCAAUAAACAGUUUUUUUUCCGCCUUGACACCUUUAUGAAAAUUUUCCAUGCGCCUUUAAUAACAUGAAAAUUUUCCAUGCUCCUUUAAUAACCGCUUCAAGAAGAGGCUACAAAUGUCUUAGGUCUUUUUUAAAUUAAGAAAUUAUGACAUAAAAAAUAAACAAAGUAAUUAAUGGUUUCUGCAUGAUCUUUUCCCAAGAAAAGCCUUUUUUUAAAAUUUUUUUUUUCCUUUUUAUCGCUUCUUUUAUCUUUCAGUUUAUCCUCCAAAGCAUGCACCGCUACAUUCCCGUUCUAUGUGUUUAUCGACUCGAGUAAGUUUUUUAUGAUUUUAAGGAUAAAACGAAAAAAAAUCCUCGAAAAAGGAGCAUUUUUCAGCCCUCAGCCUCCCCUCGGAAUCACCCACAGAACACUUGUGGCCGAGAUUCAGUUCGAUUUCACGGAAUUCACUGCCGUCACCGCUUAUCAGGUUUUUCCGAAUGAGCUUCUGGAAUACUUUAGGCAAAAUUGAGGUUUAUAGAUGCAGGAAAAAUAUUUAUUGGGAAUUUUGAGGAAAAUCUAAGGUUGUCAGGGGGAUUAAUUAUUAAAAAAAUUGAGUUUUAUCAUACGUUCUUAUAAAAAUAUGAUUUUUUUAAGUCUUUGAGGGCUGUGCUUUUUAAAUUUUCUUGGUUACGGAUUUUUAACCUUAUGAGAAAAGAGCUGAAAAGGUUUAUUAUCUUGGGAAAAUGGUCAUGGAUUUUUGAUGUUUCUAGGAAAGUUUAAUUUUGAAUGGUUAUUUAUAGUUUUGAAAAGAUUAUUUUGAAUUUUUCUAAUCUUUUGCGAAGAUUCAAAGUUCUCUUUGAACGAAAAUUAGUUUUUUUUUUCGAUUUUCCGAUGGUACGACAAAAUCUCAAGUCCGCAAAUCUCGCAGAUCUAAAGUCCCAUAAUCUUGGAGACCGAAAUCUUAGAAAGCGAAAAUCAACGCUUUUGCGAGUAGAUUUUAUCAGAAAUUGUAUUCGGUGAUCCAAACAAGAGAAUAUAAAUAGAUAAAGUGCAAAAAAGAAGACUAAAAAGAAAGAUUUUUGCUUUCCAAAAUUUUGGUCUCCAAGGUUAUAGGACUUUAGAUCUGCGUACACAGAGAUUACGGUCCUUAAAAUUUGCGGACUUGAGAUUUUGUCGUACCAUCGAUUUUCCUCGGGAAAAAAACCGACAGUCAGCUGAACUUUACGAUUUCGUCUAAACCUUUUUUUUCAAACCAACUUUCCCGUUUCAAAAGGAAAAAAAAAUGUGAAGAGUGAGAAAUUUAAAUAAUCAAGAUUUCUUAAUGAACGAAAAAUCUUGGAAAAUAUUCGGUUCUCAGUUGAUAAAAAAAUGAAAAAUAUAGGUUUUUUUGACUUAUUUUUUUGAACAGUGUAAAAAAAUAAUUUAUUAUGGAUAGGCCACUUUUAAAUAAAAAUUUGAAGGAUUCAAUCAAAAAAACUUAUGAGAAGUCGAAAGUCUAAAUUUUUUUCCUUUGCAUUUUUGUGUUGCGAAUUUCGAAAAAAUAUCAAUUUUCAAAAAUAAAUGCUUCAGAACCAAGAAAUAACGGACCUGAAAGUGGAGAACAACAAGUACGCCAAGGGGUUCCGACAAAAGUUCGUCGCCAAAAACAAGCGCGACACGCCGAGUCCCGACGAAGGCCCAAGUCCCAAACGCGUGUGUCCCGACGUUUCGGCCCCUCAACGGACGCCGCCACUCAUGCCACUCCCGUCGGGACUCAACCUGACGCCUCCCGAGUCGGACCACGACUCCAGCGUCGAGUACAGCGAGAACCGCCCGCCUUUGCCCUUCUUCCCGCCCUUCGCCUUCCAUCCAGUCCAACAGUUCCCCUUCCCAUACGCCUAUCCACACUAUUUCAAUCCAUACAUGCCGCCUUAUUAA